CGACUUUCGUUUCCCUCCGGAAUCUACCAAAUUGGUGAAAAAUCGAUUUUUUUAGGAAAGGCGUUUCUUCAGCUCAGCAAAAUCCCCUCUUUCACGACUCUUGAUUUUCCGAGGGUUUUAAAACAAAAUGAAAGUCAUUUUCGGCUUCAGCGGCAAAAAUUGGCUGGGAAUCAUUCCACUUGAUACAUGAGGAUACUUUCUUGCCCCUCCUUAGCAACGCCAAGGAAUCGGAUGAGUUUCACAUGGUGUUGUAUGAGCAGAAAUGAAUAUUUGACCGGAAAAAUCUCAAUAUUAGGAAUAGAAAUGAAAAUUCAGUAGUCAUGCAAGGCAUGCUUUCCAAUGUAUUUUUGGCUGCUGAAUCGGGAAAUCACCCUCUUUUACCUCCAUUGUCCUAAGAUUUUCCAGAAAAUUGAAUUUUCCACGGAAAAGCUUGACUUCUACGGAAAAUUCCGAUUUGUUCGGGACAAUCGGCCUAAUCAAUCAAAAAAAGGUCAUUUUCGGACUCGAGCGUUAAAAUCUACAGAAGAAAAAUCAACGGUUUCAAGGCAUCUGCAUUUUUUUUUCCUUUUCUUUUUUUUUGGGUGGGGGGGGGCAGUCAAGUUUCUUGAGAGUGAAGAAUUGAUUAGGUACGCCUAAAAUUGGGGGAAAUAAAAGAAGGUUUAUGUCCUUAUAGCUGAAAUUGUAUGAUUUAAAAUUCAAAUAACUGUUAGAGAAACAUCGAAGAACCACUCAUUUUCAUUCCUACAAGCCUAUCCACCUUACCGAGGUAGAUAGAUGCGACCAGUACGUAACAAAAAUAAUAAUGAAAAUUAAAACUUCCAUCAAUCAAAGGAAAUAAGAAUAAAAUCUGUCAACAACAUAUGUAAAUACUUCAUAAAAAAUGCACAAAUUCCUCGCUGUCUCUUGCUGAUUUUCUGUAUUUGUCUUUUUUUAGCAUCAAAAAUGAGUCCAUUGAUACAAGAAGCAGUGCAGAACCCGAAAAGGGUGAUAAGAUACCUGCUACAAACAGUGCAGCUUCCAAAAGGGGCAAUGCAGCAGAUUCCUCACUCCACGACACUCCUGAAUUCGUAUCACCAAGAAAUUGUUCUCGCAAAGGGUAAUAAUUUAUUGCACUUUCCUUUUCAUAAAAGUAGGACACAUAGUGGAAUUGCAAGUAGGUACAGGUGCACGGAACAGGAAAUAGUGGAGCCACAGGGAAGACAAGAUUUAAGACAGGUAUAUGCACCAAAGAAAACAGGAAAAGAAAGAAAAACAAAAGAAUAAAUGAACUAUAAAGAAUAUUUCUCAUCAGUGUCUUUUCUCAGGAUUAAACUUUCUCAACCAAAUUUUCCGAAAUUUUCUCCGGCGCUCCUCAUUUUUUUUAUGCUUCCAAAAAUCUGUGGAAAACUCGAUACCAAUUUCAGAUUGCUUUUUGACUAUAUUCACAAUUCGAAACAUGUCAUGAUUUGAAGAGAGGCCUCUAUUUUCCUUCGGUAUUGCCAUGCAACACUGAUACUGAACUUUGAUAUUUUCUUACUUUCAGCAUCGCUGGAGAAUCUUUCGAGACUAAUGCGAAAGGCCACCUGCCCAUACCUCCAAGCAUUUCUCCCAGUGCAUCAACAUCCGAGAAAAUUUCUGAGCAAAUUCCCGAGCAAAUUUCACGAAACAGGUAAAAAUUAAUAAACCAUUUCAGGAAUUCAAAAUCAGUUUACAGCUGAAAAUUAUUGUUCUGCUUACAAAUUAAUCAAAUUUUCAGAAAUUUUCUGUAGCGCUCUUCACUUUUUUAUGCUUCCAAGAAUCUGUGGAAAACUCGAUACCAAUAUCAGAUUGUUUUUGGACUAUAUUCAUAAUUCAAAACAUGUCAUGAUUUGAAGAGAGGCCUCUAUUUUCCUUCGGUAUUGCCAUGCAACACUGAUACUGAACUUUGAUAUUUUCCUACUUUCAGCAUCGCUGGAGAAUCUUUCGAGACUAAUGCAGAAGGCCACCUGCCCAUACCUCCAAGCAUUUCUCCCAGUGCAUCAACAUCCGAGCAAAUUCCCAAGCAAAUUUCACUAAACAGGUAAAAAUUAAUAAAUCAUUUCCGGAAUACAAAAUCAGUUUAAAAGUUUACUGAAAAUUAUUUUUCUGCUUACAAUAAAUUCAAAUUUUCAGAAAUUUUCUCUAGCGCUCUUCACUUUUUUAUGCUUCCAAAAAUCUGUGAAAAACUCGAUACCAAUUUCAGAUACUGAACUUUGAUAUUUUCCUACUUUCAGCAUCGCUGGAGAAUCUUUCAAGACUAAUGCGGAAGGCCACCUGCCCAUACCUCCAAGCAUUUCUCCCAGUGCAUCAACAUCCGAGCAAAUUCCCAAGCAAAUUUCACGAAACAGGUAAAAAUUAAUAAACCAUUUCCGGAAUUCAAAAUCAGUUUACAGCUGAAAAUUAUUGUUCUGCUUACAAUAUAUUCAAAUUUUCAGAAAUUUUCUCCAGCGCUCUUCACUUUUUUAUGCUUCCAAAAAUCUGUGGAAAACUCGAUACCAAUUUCAGAUACUGAACUUUGAUAUUUUCCUACUUUCAGCAUCGCUGAAGAAUCUUUCGAGACUAAUGCGGAAGGCCAUCUACCCAUACCUCCCAGCAUUUCUCCCAGUGCAUCAACAUCGGAGCAAAUUUCCGAGCAAAUUUCCGAACCAAUUUCUGAGCAAAUUUCACUAAACAGGUAAAAAUUAAUAAAUCAUUUCAGGAAUUCAAAAACAAUUUACAGCUUGAAAUUAUUUUUCUGCUUACAAUAUUUUCAAAUUCUCAUCCGAGUCAAUGACUUGAUACUUGUAAGUAUGAAAUUACUAGGAGCCAGCAUUACAGUCCUUUUCUACAGAAUGAUGAGCGGAAAGAAGCAAAGGGAAUAACAUCUAAACCGUCCGCAGGGAAAAUUAAUCCAUCAGUGCUGCUAAUCCACAGAUCAACCAUAAAACCCAAUUUAAAUAUGGAAUUAUUAAAGUUCAAUCUACUGCGGAACUAUCCGUAAGAAGAAAUCCUCGUGUAUUUUGAGGCGCUGAAUUCGAAAAUGACAGAUUUUUUCCACAACCCUCCAAUUUCCCAGAAAAGCCAAGUUUCCUGAGGAACAGGGAAAUUUUUGGGCAAUUUUGAAUCAGCACCUGAAAAUACAUGAGUAUCACUUUGCCAUAGGUUCAGCAAAAGAUAUGAAAAUAAAUUUCAUGCAUAACAAAAAAGGUAAAUUUGCUAAUUUAGACUUGGUUUCAUCAUUUUACCGAAAUGGAUGUUGAUUACCUGCAUAUUAUUUUUUCGUCCGGUUUUCCUUGAUUUCUGAGAUAUGAUUUCUAUGAUGCCUAGAAAUCAUUAUUCAGAAAUCAAGGAAAACCGGACAAAAAAAUAAUAUCCAGGUAAUUAAAUUUGCUGAAUCUCCUGGGCAAAAUCAGAAAUGAGUAAAUCUUGGCAUUUUUUUUCUAGGUGCGGUACUAAGAGAACAUAUCUGUCUAAAAGGCGUACUCCAAGGAACACACCACCUCAUUGGAGACGCAUUUUAAAGAAUGCUAGAUUGAGUCCAUCACCGAGGCCAGUGAGGCGUGCCAUUCGCUUAGAUUCAGAGCCAACAAGGACCGAAUGUGAAACUUGUUCACCAGAAACUUUGAAGCAAAUCGGGGAAGCCCAAAGAAGAGAAGCUGAAAUCGAUGCGCACGAAUUGGUAACUGAAUACCACAGGCCAGCCGGUAGAGAUGAAAACAUUUCAAAAUUAAAGCACAGGCGAAUCGUAGAUAUUGGGCAUCUGAUUACAGAGGCAAGGAAACUGGAGGGGCAUGAAUGUACCAAAAAUCCAAGAAAUGGCCAUUUCUCAUUUCAGAAGGAAGUCCACAAUGGUCUGCACAGCACUUUGCAUUUCAAGUGUUACAGUUGCGAUAAUACUAAACAAAUCGAAACAGUCACUGCAGGUCCAGAGGAGCUUAAUAACAGUGCCGUUUUGGGCUUGUUGGCAAUAGGAAAGGGCCAUGAACAUGGAGAUGAGCUGACAACUUUCCUUGAUGUGCCAUUCAUGGCUCGAAACACAUAUACUAAAGUGGAGGAGAGAGUUGGCGAUGUAAGUUAAAAUGUUUCAUGAUACAAUUUUUGCUUUUCUGAGCAGAUACUAUCUUUAAUGCAAGGCUAUGUCUUCUGAGCGAAUGUUGUCAGGUCAGGGAAAAAAUCAGAAUAUGAUUUUUCGAUGGGAAACUUUCUUUAGUGCCUUAAAGCAUAACUUGUGUGUCCGUCAAUUUUUACUUAAUGCCGAUGGAGGGCAUAAAAAGGCAUGAUAAUCCAACAAUUCCCAGAGAGGCCAGAAUUUUAUUCCAAACAAUUGGCAAGAUGUUUUGCUUACAGAAGUGGCAAAAUAACACUCCAUGCAUUUCGACGCUGAUGUAGUGAAGUGGCUUAGAAUCUAGAAUGCUGGCCAAGAGGUAUGAAGCAGAACAAUCAAAGGAGCUUUUGAUAAUAAUGUCGUAUCACCAGGGAAUCAAACUGCAAACCUCUUGGCCAGUGUACAGCAAUUUAAGUCACAACACUAAUUCAUUGCUGAAAUUCGUGAUGCAUAAUUCUGCCACUUCAGCGAGCAACCUUUCUUGCCAAUUUCUUUAAAAAUUUUCUUGGAUCUACCGCGGCCUUUUUGCCAGAUACGGGUCUAAUGGUUUCGCAUGAAGAAACUUUUUGACCCCACUCGGAUCAAAAUCUGAGAGGAACACUAGGUGAAAUUUUCUAGUUACCUGUUUUGAAGAUGACUCUUGAAAAAAAAAUUGAAAAUAUUAUUGUAGCUACCUGUGAUUGUUGUUCCUAAGUAAUAAAAGCGAUUGAAGAAACAAAUCAAUUUUGUGUGACUUCUGAAAAUACUGAUAGAUAUUUUGGGUUUCUUUUAUUUCAGCGCUUGAUUGAAAAACUGACAGAUGAUAUGAAACGAGCUGGAGAAGCGGAGAAGGCCCUUGCUAUUGCACGAGGCGAUGUAGAUGCUGAUGGAGUUCCGUAUAUAACUGUUGUUGUCGAUGCAGGAUGGUCCCAUCGCAGUCAUGGACACCGGUA